UAAAUAAAUAAACAGUUUCAAAAUGAAAGUAUCAACAUAUAGACAAGAACCCAUUGAAGAAAGAAAAGGUAUUCCUGACUCAUUCUUGGAGAUUGAAGUCAGAGCGCCGCAAACUCAUGGUUCCGGCUUUAGCAUGUACACUGACUAUGAAAUUGUCUGCAGAACAAACAUGCCAUUAUUUAAAUUCGAGCAAUCAACCGUCAGAAGAAGAUAUAGUAGAUUUGAGUCACUCAAAUUCAAAUUGGAAGAGAAUGACUAUGAAAUCAAGGUCCCUAAUUUACCUGGCAAAGUAUUUAAGAAUAGAUUUUCACACCAAGUCAUAGAGGAGAGAAGAAAUGGAUUAGAAAGAUUUUUACAGAUUCUCUGCAGCAACAUCACUUUAAUACAAGACUAUGAAGAAUCCAAAGCAAAUAUGAUUAUCAAUUUUGUUCAAGGAAAAUAUUAAUGAUCAUUUAUUCUGCUUAUAUCAUCAUUGGUGGCCUGAAUUUUAUCCAGUAAAUUUUGAUAUUCUUCUUUUAAUGUAUCAAAUUCAGGUCCAAUCUCCUUGUAUUCUUUCAAUUGUUUAGUGGUAUAUUCUAAAGUUUUUUGCGCAUCAAUAUAUCUUUCCGUUAAAAGAUCCCUAUUAUUAUCAUAAUUAUUACCCCCACCAUCACACAUUAUUAAAAUAAAACUUGUUUAUAUCAAAUAUUUGCUUACCUUAAGGAUUCAAGUGCAUUAAG